AUGUCAUCAAUUAAAAUAAAUAAGGAUGAAGGUAAAAGAGUUCAUAUAUGGAUUAAAAGUGCAAUUGGAACACCUAAUAGGAGACAAUUUAAACAUAAAAAUAUUAUGUAUCCUUAUUUUCGUAUGUAUAAAUCACCAUAUAGAGCUAGAGAUUCGAGAACUAGGCAGGCGUUUUGGCCGUGUGUUGAUAAAUAUCCUUGGCAUACCCAUCAGAAAAGAUGGGUUAAAAUGGAACAAUUAAAUAUUAAAUUUUUUUCUGAAUUUACAAAUAGACCUCCAAAUAAAAAAAACUUAUUUGAAGUAUGUCAUACAUUGCCAUUUAAUGGAAUAAAUUGUUUAUUUUGGAAUCCUAUUUACAUUAAUAGUCAUAAAUUUUUUUUAAAAAAUUGUAAAAAAAAUGAUGAAAAUGAAGAAGAAAAAGAAUGUAAAGAACACAAUGAAGACAUAGAAGAUAAAAAUGAUAAUGAAUUAAAUAUGAACAGUAAAGAAAACGAAGUCUGUAAUAUUGAAAAUAAAAAUACUGUAAAUAAUUAUGAUGAAAAUAAAAAAAUUAUAAGAAUAUGUAAUUUUUAUUAUAUUGUAGAUAAAGAAGUUAAAAAUAAUGUUUACUUUUAUCUUAAAUAUAUCAAAUACACUAUGAGGCCUUUUAGAGGAAAAAUAAUUGGUGAUCUUUAUUUAAAUGAAAGAAAAAUUCGAGAUAAUAUUUCAGCAAAAGGUAUAGUAAACGGAGAAUGGAAGUUUUCAUUUCCCCAUAUAAAAGUAAAUCAAAAAGUAGCUAAUAUUACACUAAAUGAUAAUUUAAUAAACGAAGAAUUAGAAAAAAAUAUUAUUAAAAAUUUGGUUAUAGUAGAUAAAUAUACAUAUAGACCACCAUUACCUAAAUGCUUUAGUGCCUCAUAA